AUGUCCUCCAACUCGACGAGCGCUGCCGAUAGCGGGGAUGGAGGUGGUGGGGAUAACCAAGUCGAGCUGAUCGUGGCCAUUGUCGCCUUGAUUAUCUCCGUUCUGGCUUUCAUUAUCGCGAUCUUCCAAGCCCUUCAGCAGUAUUAUGCCUCAGCAACGGGCUACUCAUCGUGUACUCCGAACAUCAUGGGUGACUGGGCGCAGUUCACCCAUCGCAUAUUCAAGUGGUAUGAGUUCCGCUUCGAAGUCGAGUUCGAAACCCCAGUCAUCUUCGUCGCACCACCCACGAAUAAGAAAGGACCGUUAGGAGAACAUCCGACGAAAACCAUCACGUAUAUGGUGGGAACACCGGAGAGCUACAAGGACACGUACACCUGGGAUCAAGACCAGUUCAACCAGAUCGACAAGAACCUUCGAGCCGGCGACACACGCCAGGCUAUUCACACCGCCGACAACGAGCGGGCGAACUGGUUGGGACUGCUCAUGGCGAUCCAGCGUAUGGAGAAAGAGUCUCGGACAUGGCAGUACAACGAAUACUUUGGCCACACACCGAACUGGGAGGAACAUGAGCCUUGUCAUCCGCCAUCAAAAAGCACUAAGCAUACCCUUACGGUCGGCGUCCAAAGAAAGAAGAGGUCGUGGGACAGUAUGCCCGACAACAUGAAGAAACCCUACGCAACAACGACCAUAUCGCAUUUGGUGGAGAUGGCUGCCAUGCUGGGAAUUUACUGGAAGGAGUUCAACCGCAAUGAAGAUCGUUACCGCGCCCAAGGAAACGGAUUCAUGAUUGACGGCUACGACGUUGAUGAUCUUGGCGUGGUCUUCACAUUCCAGAAGACAGGACCAACAUGGUUCCACGAGAAUCGCGUUAUUCCUAAGAACGAGGUUAAGGAGCUCUGUUUUGGAUACUGUCCGACUAUAUUCCGUCAGAAGGAGGACGACAACUUCAAGUACGCCGACGAGCCUAAAGACAAUGGCACCCUUCAGCUGGGGAGCAUGUCAGCUAUUGCGGAGACUCUAGUUGUCCUGGGCUGCAAUACCAAUACGGUCAAAUAUUUCCGCAAAUCUACUCCGGACACAAGGCAUACCCAUCUUUUCCCAAUUGCCUUUGAGCUUCUCGGUAUGACUGGUGUCGUACUUCAGAUCCCAGACACGGCUUUCAGGAUGCUCCCCAACCCAACGAUUUGGCACUGGGAUCGAAAGUCAUUCUCACUGCGUAACCUUCUCGGCGAUUUCACUCACGGCAUCAAUAUCGGUUCAUCUAGUGAACCCAUGUUUAAAGACAACAAGUGCGUCUCCAUCAUGACCGACGAAGCCGAAGCAGUUGAGAGACGAUUUGCCGACCUUGAAGCGCAUGAUGGGCCUGAAGCUAUCCUCAGGCGCACCAAGAAUGUGGAGGAACGAAUCUACCCCAGCGGCCUUAUCGCAGCUCUGCAUUCCGCCAUUGAUAAAUGCGAUGAUUAUCUCAAAGUCCAUGAGAGGGCGGCUUUGGUUCAAAGCGUCGUCCGCGUUCAUUUUCAGGAGGUUUUGCGUAUCCUGAACGACAAGGAUGGGGAGUACAAGACUGUCAUAGUCACUCCGAAGAAUGGAUCCAAAGAGAACACGUCACGCAUCCAUGAGCUGAUUGUCCCCGGGUCGUCGCCCGUUCCAAACUCGAAAGAGGAAAACGCCGAGUUCGAGAAGGAGAUAUCUCUCCUUCAGAAGCUGGACUCUGCCUCUUCCAGUGAAAGGCACGCUGUUUUGGUCGAGAUCUAUCUCUUGUCUGUCCGUAAGAGAGUCAUCGAGGUCGUCUGUCGUCAUCUGAAGCAUGAGAAGAUUCGCAAAGAACGCGGUCCUAGAUCGAUUGCCUCAGAGGGAUCCGUGGAACACUUGUCGAAGGACCAGGAAUUGGAAAUCAACAACAUCUGGUGCAUGUUGGUGUUCCGUAUGAUAUGCUGGCUGAUGCUGCACGACUUCCAUGGAAAGGAUAUCCAGGUUGAGAAAAGCGAUGUAUUUGGUAGUCGUAUGCCUGUGUACAUAACAUAG